AUGCUAUCCACGACGAAUAGUGACCCUGAACCGAUCGAAAGACAGAAAACAUUUGCUACUACUGAAACAUAUCUAAUAGAUAGUGAGACAACUGAAACAGUUAAUCAACAAACUUGUGCGGAUUUACUAAUGGAAGCGGAUCGAAUCUUUGACAUUUUUCGUGAAGAAGUCAAUUCAAUAUGUAAACAAUGGCAUGAAUUUCCGAUUUCUCAAUUGGUUCAGCUAUUUCCUGAUUCAAAUUAUGUCGAUGACGAUCUCCGAAUGCUUGAACCAUUAUUAAACGAUCAAAAUAUUGUUCAUAUUGUUAAAGGAAUUCUCGAUUAUUGGAAAUCUUAUUCGCACAUACGUAAUAUUUGCUCUGGUGGUAUUCGAUUUUUGAAUCAUAUAAGCGUUUUACCUAAUGACUUAGCACCAACAUUAACAUCUAUGCUUGAAACUACUAAAGACACACCUGGUAAAUGUUGGCUAAAGGCCUGUCAAAAUUUUCAUAAAGCAUAUCCUCAAUAUAACACAUCACCAUCAUUUUUUCUAAUAGCUCAGUAUGGUUUAUCAAAUGAACUUAUUGAUUUUGUUCAUCGGUUGAGUGUCAAUGAUGUAAAUGCUCUACGUGAAGUUGUGAAUGAUUGGGAUGAAUCAUUAGUGAGCACAAAAACAAUACUUGAUUUCGCAUUAAUUAAAACAUUUUUGGAUCGAAUCUAUGCCCAAGCUCAAUCAAGUCGCGAGGAAAAUUCAACAACACACUUUGGAUUUGAUGAAGUUAUUCAUUGCUUUGAAAUCGUGCUCAAUGAAAUCGAAUUUCAAAACAUUCAACAAUGUUUUGAAAUAUGUUCAAAAUCUUUGUUAAGUAUUCAACGAAUACAUCAAGAUAUAGCAGAUCGAGAGCAAUCGAAGCGACAACGUAUUAUCGGCAUUAUGAAACAGUCGUCGCUCUACUUCGUAUAUCAAUCGAUUAUGUUAUAUGACAGUAUUGAGCAUCAAUUUGACGUCAAUAUUGAUGAUCAAUCAAUGGUUUUUGGAGAAUUAAUUGAACUUCAUGAUCGUGCACGUCUUAUCGAAUAUUCGAACAAUAAGAUGACAAAUAAUUCCGAAGAAGAACUUGAUCUUUUGCGGUCAUUCAUCGGUUUUGUUGAUCUCAUUGAAGAAAUCUUAAAGCGUUUUUUAUCUCUUCAUGUCUCCGGUCAUCUAUUUGUGUCUGAAUACUUAUCAUCUCCUGAAAAAUUCACAUGUACCGAAAAAAAUUAUCAACAAUUAAUCAAUUUCUCUGUGAAAUUAGAUGGAUAUCUCAAUGAAUGGGAUGAUUAUGUGUGCAUGAUUUUUCGAUUCGGACAAGUAGCAGUUCAUGUGCCUAACAACGUUCCAAUUUAUAUUGAACUUGAUGCAUCAUUUCAUUUAAUUCCUGAACAGGAGAAACUUAUCAUAUUGAAUUCAUUGCAUCGAGAAAAUAUCGACCAAAUUGAUUGGAAAAAAUUGAAUCUAGAGAAGAUGCCAGGCAUUUCAUUAGUAGCAAAUUACCUGCAAUCAAUUAAGAACUCAACGAUAAUUUUACAAGAUCUUAAUGAACAAAAUAUGAAACCGAUUGAUCUUGACACCUGUUCUUCUCUUUUGGAACAAUACUUUGUUCGUGACAAGGAUGGAAAAAAUAUUGCCUGGACAAAAUUAUUUAUUUUCAUUGCUGUUUAUUCUCAUUUGUUUUCAGGCUUUUCACGAUGUGGUUAUUUUCUUGUUAGUUCUGUCAAAUGGCUGAAUGUACCACAAUUACGAAUGGAUAUUCUCAUUAGUCUUCUUAAUUCAUCGGAUCAAUUUACAUCAUUGUCUGUUGAAAAUGUUCGACAGAAUCAACGCUCUACAAACACUUCAAAUUUAGUGGAUUUCACGCAUUAUAACAAAUGGUUUGAAUGUACAAUAUCUCUUCUUGUAAGCUCACAACGAUUCUACCGAGAUUUUGAAGAUGCAAGCAGUGUAUCACUACGUGAUAUAGCUCGCUUUUGUCGCCUUUAUAACUGGUAUUUCAACAUGAUUCAAGCACGUGCAAAAGCAAAAGAAAACAAGAAUGGUACACAAGAGAAUGAUUUACGAGAUGCCAGCUUAAUGGCUCUUCUUCUCUGCUACUAUUUUCGUCUCAAAUCACCCAAAGAUCGACAAGCGUACGUCGAUAUUAUUCAUGAACAGUUAGGAAGAUAUUCUUCUCAAUUGAAGAGUCAGAGAACUUUUCUCCUCGAUUUAAUUGACAAGGAACAGAAGACAAUGAUCGAUGCAAUGGAAUUACCACCAGAUACAGCUACCAAUCGUGCAUUAAAAGAUAAUAUUUUUGUUCUAGUAGCAUGUAUUGUGAAUCGAAUACCUGUUAUUCUAUGUGGCAAACCUGGAUGUAGUAAAACGUCUUCUGUACAGAUUGUUAUCAAUAAUCUGAAAGGAACAAGGUCAAAAUCUUCAUACUUUCACACACUACCCGAAUUAAUCGCAGUAUCAUAUCAAGGCUCACAAAACUGUACAUCAGAAAGUGUCAUUAAAGUAUUUCAACGAGCUGAAAAAUAUACGAAAGUCAAGAGUAACACAAAUCAAUUGUUACCAGUAAUUGUUUUUGAUGAAAUCGGUCUUGCCGAACUCUCACUCCAUAAUCCGUUGAAAGUUCUACAUAGUGAACUUGAAGUUGAAUCUUGUCGUUUCGGUUUUGUGGGUUUGUCCAAUUGGCGUCUUGAUGCUUCGAAAAUGAAUCGCGCUAUUUAUGUAUCAUGUCCAGAUCCUGAUGUCAAUGAUUUAGAAAUAACAGCUAAAAGAAUUUUAACAUCCAUGGCUAACAGUCAAGAGCAAACUGUUCGAUUUAACGAAUCGGUCAUUAAAGGUUUGGCUGAUGCCUAUGCUCGUUUGCAUGAACAUGUAAAUAAAAACGAACAAUAUAAUCAUUAUUUUGGUUUACGCGAUUAUUACUCAUUAAUCAAAGGAAUUUUUCAAGAAACAAUUCAAACUCGAGAAGAUCCAUUCACAUGUGUUCGACGGCAAUUAUCGGUAAAUUUCGACGGCAUUUUUGACGGUUCUAAUUACAUGUGGGAACAAUUUUGCCAAUUUAUUAAAAGAAAUUACUUAAUAAACCGUCAUGCAGCACCGAAAUUCAAAUCAUUACUUGAUCAAUGUUUAACACAACGUACAGGACGCUAUCUAAUGCUGAUUGCUGAAAAUGAAAGUGCUAUCGAUUAUGUGGAACGAUACAUCAUCACUAAUUAUUAUUCACAUACAGUGCGCACUUUGAUCGGUAGUUGUUUUUCAGGUGAUUUAGUUUCCGGUACAACUUACACAGAACAAUACAAUCAUCGAAUACUCAUGGAUAUUAUUCCAUAUGCAGAAAGAAGUACAACAUUAAUCAUGCGACGAAUGGGUCAUAUUUAUGAUAAUCUCUAUGAUUUAUUCAAUCAAAAUUUUACUGUAUCAGCAGGAAAAAAAUUUUGUCGCAUACCUAUCGGUCCUCUUUAUCAUCCACGAUGUCUUGUCAACGAUGAAUUCUAUUGUAUCGUCUUUGUUCAACGAGAAGAGCUAAGCAAAUGCGAUCCACCAUUUCUCAAUCGGUUCGAAAAACAUAUUAUCGACAUGAAUAGUCUUUUUCAUCCGUUUCAAAAAACGAUCACAUCCGAUCUAUUAGUUUGGCUUGCCGAGCUUUUAUCAUCAAAUACUAAUAAAAAUUUUCCUUUACUUCAGCAUUUAUUCGUUAAUUAUAAUGUGGAUUAUAUUCAUAAUUUAGUCAUUGAUGCAUUUAACCAAUUGAAUAUUGUCACCGAUAGCGAAAGUAAUCAUGCACAUGAUAUAUUAGCUUAUUGCAAAGAAAAAUUACUCUUAGCCAGUUCAUUUGAUCUUCCAUUGGUCUUAGCAUGGCGAUCAAACAAUACAGAAAAUGUGCAUCCAUUAAUUGAUCAGUAUUACAAUCUUCACGAACAUCUCUCGUUCUCAAAUAUUCUUCGACAAGCAUUGAGUGUUGAUAAAGGAGUUAUACCUGAUCGAAUCAUCUAUACUUACACACAAGUGCACGAUAUGAUAAACUAUGAUAACCAAGAAAACCAGAUCAAAGAAAUCAAACUAGGAAAUUUCAAAACCGAACUUGAAUUAAUCAAAACAAUUCGUUUAUUUUAUAAAUCCACGAAACAAACGCGUUUAUUAAUUAUUCGUGUUGAUUAUCAUCGUGAACAAAAGCAUGCACUUUUUCUGAAACAUAUUCUACAUAAUAAUCGUGAAAUAACCAGUAAUCAUAAAAUAUGGAUUAUCUUUCAUCUCCAACGAAAUCUCCUUAAUCAAGUAACGAACGAUGUUUUAUUCAAUGAUUGGAACAUCAUCAUGAUCGAAAAUUUGAAUGAACAUAAACUUAUUCCUCGAGAGAUUCUUAUCAACCCAUUCUAUGUUGGAUUAAUUAGUCAUGAUCAAUUUCGUUUUACUGAAUGCACAUUUGAUGAACGUAUUCGUCGUUGUUUUACUAAAUUUCGUUACAUUGGCUCUCCAAGAAAUGAUGAAAGUCGUAUAAAUGAGCAUCUCGAUGGAGUUCUAGAAUCUAUCACAACAACUGAUCCAUCGAUACGAUCAAUUGUCCAAAGUUAUCUGUCAAUCUUACAAGCAAACAUACAAUUUGACUCUGAAGAUUGGCGUCAAGAUCUUUUAACCAAUGAAAUUAUUAUCGGAGCAUGCCAUUCAGUUUUUAGUGCUAUUCAACAAACGAUAUCUCAUUACUAUGAUAAAUAUAUCUUUCUACUAUUUUCUCACUUGGAAAAAUUUUCAUUUCUUGAUACAUAUCUAUUGAUAAUAUCGAUGAAACCGUCAGAUGUUCGAGAUAGUUUAGAAAAAAUCUGGCAUGAUUCUUUAACAUUAUCAUUAAAAUCUAUCGAUCGAACUAUGAUGAAUAUGAAUGUGAUGGAAAUACCGCUCAUCUUAGGUUUACAUCUACCGUGUGCAAGAGCCGAACAUGAUCAACUAUGUCAAAUUCGAGAGCUCUUGAUAAAUAAUUCUCAAAAUUAUACUUCAGAAUAUUUUGAUGAGAGCGAUUCAACUGUGAAUGAAUUCGCUCUCAAUCAGUUAAAAAAGAGAAGUGUUUACAAGAACAAUUGGGAAACUAUUAUUAACCAAGCACUUCUCUUCGAACACUAUUAUCAUGAUCAACUUCUUUUGCUUCUUGAUGAAGUCAAACUUUCACAAAUACCUGUCUCAGUAGUACACACAUUACUCAACUCAAACCCAACUCGAUCUCGAACAGAUGUACUCAAACAUUUACUUAAUAAUUAUGCGGAAUUAAUCGAAAUCUUACGUAUGUUUGAGGUUUGCAUUGAACUUAUCAAUGGUGAAAGAAUAAUUGUUGACAUGUUUGAAAAACAAUUCAUCAGAAUGGAUACUUCAAAUACAGCAAAUCCUCAUCAUAAUGAAAGUCAUUUUUAUCGUCUCAUAUUACAUAAUGAACAUUUUUAUUUGGUAGCACCACAAGCAUUAGCAUCAUUUGAUGAAGCCUUCGAAUGUGCAGGUGAUCCAUUUAUCGAAACAAGUUUAAUGAAUCUUAUCGAGUUAAUUACUUCAGCUUCAUCAAUUCAAAAAGUUAAAAAUAUUGAACAAUUAAGUACUACUUAUGGACGAGUUGUAGAAGGCGUACUUUCCUUAGAUAACUAUACGGUGAAUAAUCUCGAAAAAUUACGUUCAUUUACUAGUCUAGUUCGUUGCAUCACAACUCUGGUGCGACAAGAACAAAGUUUAACUGUUUUUAAAAAUGCUUGUGAUUAUACGAAUUAUGAUAUGAAUUUUCAAACAUGUGAUGACAUUCAUCAAUUUAUGAAACAGUUACAUAUAAUGAUUAAUUCUAAUUCAAAGCAAAUCACCGAUAAUUUACCUCAAGACCCAUUGAUCAAACUAGAAACAGAAUUUAUGAAAAAUUGGCUCGUUGAUCAUGGCAAUGAAUACAUAGAUGUUUUAACAUCAAUUAGCAAAUUAGAUAACUCAUUAUGGAAAUAUUCUGCUCGUAUCUUUACUGUACUCGAUCGUAAAUUAGAACUAUUAGAUAAGAUUAAGAAAACUAAUGGGCAAAUAUCACAAGAUGAUGAAGAAAUCGAACAAUUUGAUCAAUAUUUAAAUGCAUUAAUUGAUCCAACACGUAAGAUUGAACAUCUUAUGGUUAAUCGGAUUCAUAUGCAUUUGAUUCUUGAUGUUCGACAAAAACGAACUAUCGAAGAUAUUCUUCAGAAAGAUUUCAUUUAUCUUGAAGACAAUAUUCGUCGAGUGAUUGAAAAUCAAUCUCAACGCAGUGCAUCAUUGAUUAGUUUAAUCGCUUGGUUGAAAUACUAUACUCAAUACUAUGCAUUAGCAUUAAACAAUGAUAUACAAAUCGAAGUAAUGAAUCAUAUUGAUCGAGUAUUAACUCGUGAUGAUUCACCAUUUUGUUCAACGUUAAAAUUAUUCAUUAUUAAACAACUCUGUCAAUUCUUUAAAGUAUCAUUGGAUGGAUUAUGCAAUAUCUUUGUUAAUCGUAAUUGUUAUUGGAUUCGCCCAAUGAUCGCUCACUCUAAUGCUCAACAAGCACAAACUAUGCGACGAAAUCUCAUCUUACCAACACCAUUAUUUCAAGGUUCUGACGAUUUUACACAAAUUAAUAAACUCUUGUCUCAAAAUUACAGUAAUGAACGAUUACGAGCAUUGAUCAUUCAAUGUUCCUCCAAACAAGAAUCGUCGUAUAGUUUAUUCAUUUGGUUUAUUCAUCAUUAUUCACGUUUUCGAUUAUCUGAUAUGCCACCUGAUAAUCGUCUGAAAAAUUUGAUUGAAAAAGAACUGCGUGAAACAAUUCUUAGUCAUUUCGAUUUAAUUGGAUACAGAUUUCUUGCUGGACUAUGCAAUAAUUUCAACAAUAGUUCCUACUUCUCGCUUGAUCCCAAUAUGACAAGAAAUGAAAUUCAUCAGCGAAUGGUAGCACUAAAUAUAAUUGCUCUCUUACUUUCUACGAAAGCGAUAGGUCAAACGACGCAUCUAAGCACUUUUCUGUUUGAUCGUCAACUUAAGAUGCCUGAAAAUUACACCGAUCAUAUUCAACAAUCUGUGUGUUUACCAGGACUUAUGACGAACAAUCCAGUGGUAACACAAAUGAUCGAUGUAAGAACACGAGUAGAAGAACGUUUUAGAACAAAAAAGAUCGGUAUAAGAGGAAGAUUUAUGUUUCGAUGCUCAAAUGAAUGUUUAUGGAUGUUUCACUUCGAAAAUUGUGGUCGAGCCAAUGAUCGAAGUAUAUGUCCGUUAUGUCGAAAAGAAAUUGGUGCUAUCACAGAAGGUGUUCUUAUUGAACGGCAACCACCACAAAUUCAAAUGUCUAUUGAAGAAGGUUUUGAAUUUAUUGAUAAAUACAUCAACGAAUUCAAUCAAAAGAUUGUGUAUGGCUAUCAUAAUACGAAUACAGCUGAUCAGAGUAAUGUAGGUGAAAAGCCAAAUCAUCUUCAACUUCCUAUUUCCUUUCGUUUCACACAUAUGUUGACUCAUACAACGUUACUCAUGCUACAUGAACUUGAUCAAUUAACCAAUACGACUCUACCGCGUCGUGAAUAUUUUCGUGAACAUUUCGAAAAAGAUUACGAACUCUUUGGUAAACAACUCGCUGAUCCUGAACAAAGUGCUGUAUGGUUAUUUAAAGGGAUCAAUGAUAUGAUGGGAAAUUUAUGGAGAACGCAAGGAUCAUUGGAUACUCCUGUCGAUGUGAUCGAAUUCGAGAAAUCGAUUGAAGAAAAGAUUAUUCUUCCUCAUAUUCGAUCAGUAGCAGACGAGAUCAAUGAAUACAAAGCAGCCUAUGAUAAAUUUAUAAGUAAAGAAGAAUUAGAUUUUGAAUUCGAUAGUUAUAUCAGUGAACUUCGAGAAAACGAACAGCGUUUUCCACUAUUAAACUUUUUCAAUAUAACUACUAUCCAAACUGUUAAUCCAUUAGAUGAGUUUCUUACCAAAAUUCAACUAAUUCCUCAAUCUCAUUCAAUGUAUCCGGUGACAAGUUUUCUUAUGGAAAAAUUACAAACCUACGUAAAUAUUCAACAUUUAUAUCCUAUAGUAACCUUUAUUAAUUAUCUGAUUGAAAAAUAUAACCAUCGAAUCAAACGCAAUGAUGCCAGCGAAAAUACCAUCGCAUUUUACUUAAACAAAGAUCCUAUUGACGCUACAAUGUCUCAACUCUAUCGACAUUUUGUUCACGCUUGGUGUAAAUUGGAUUUUCUUCAAGUGCGAUUCGGAUGUCAAACUGUCAAACUUGAACAGAAUCGUGAACCAGAAACGUUUGCUCAACGCACAAAAUUCGCUGCUGUUUUGUUGAAUACAUCAAAAGACAUGAGUAGUAUUGUCUUGGCCGGGUGUUUGAAAACUAUGGGUGAAUUACAAAAUGAAAUAGUCACGUUUUAUCAGAAUGAAAUUUAUGCUAACACAGUAAAGAUACCACGGACAGUGCCUAUUCAAUCUAUACAACCAAGACACGUUCUUUGUCUUGAUAAAGAUGAUAUUAGUAAAAAAUUGAUUGCCAAUGGUUUUACAAUUAACUAUCAAUAUGGUAAAAGUCAAGAGAUAAUCUACGAUUAUGAAGAAAUUGAAUCGACACUUCGAAAUCUAAUUAAUGGUUUACCAUUGAUUGAUGUCGAGCAUUUCCGUUAUCUCAAUUAUCAAUUUGAACUUUAUGGAGAAAAUUCUUCACUAAUUAAUCAUGUUCGUGCUCGUGUUAAACAAGAACCAUUGAACAGUGAUGAACGAGCAAAACUGCAAGCACUCAUUCAAAAUAUGAAAAGUGAUAUGGUUCUCAAUUAUCUUGGUUCACUUGAUUAUGCAUUUACCUAUUUAUGUAAUAUUGAUAUGAGUACAGAUGGAAACCCGCCGAUUAUCGAAUCGUUUAUUAAGGAUCACAUUAGUUCUGCUUCAUGUUUGAAUGAGAAUGUUCUUCGUACGCCUCCAUUUUCAAAAAUCAAUCUUAAGCAUGUCAUUGAUCUAUAUGAACUAUUAGAAGAAUGCGCUUUUGAUCAGAUUUUACGUCAUUCGAUCAGAUCGGAACUAUCAGAAGAAUUAUUACCAGAAGAUCACAGACUAUUGUUAAUCGAUAAAUUUAUCAAAAUGACGUAUGAAAAUAAAACGAUUGCUAAUUGUCUUCAUGAUGCUAAUAUUUGGAUAAACAUCUUAAAACGAUUAAUGAUGCGAGUAUUGAUGAAUACCGGUGUUAGUCUUGAUGUUGCCUUACAGAUCUAUCUUGAACGAACUGAUUUAUGGCCUGGUCAUGUCACCAACAUGGAUAUUCAUACGAUCGAUGUUAGCGAAGAAAUACUAUUAAAACAUACAUAUAUCAUUCUAAAAGGUUUAGAAAGAAAACAAGCGAAACCUUCAUCGAUUCGAGAUAAUAUCGAGCACCAAACACACGAUCAGAACGUACAAGUACAAACUUCGGAUGAACAAAUUCAUCAAGCUAAAAUGUGGUUAACAACGACUAAUGAAACAAAAAUGGUACCCAAACAAAUUUCUGAAACGAAGAAAGUUGGCAAGAAAUUGCGUGAUAAAUAG